AUGGACUCCCAGACGUUAAGUUUAGUAUUAGAUUAUAUUUAUACUGGACAGGUAAUACUCACAGAGGAAACAGUUCAAAAUCUUUUAUCAGCUUCAAAUCUAUUUCAACUUCUCUCGCUUCGUGAUGGUUGCGCUCAGUUUAUGAUGAAUCACGUAACCGUUAGUAACUGUAUUGGAAUUUAUUUUUUUGCGAAAGCUCAUCAAUGUGAAGUGUUGGCUUCAAAAGCCAAAGAAAUGAUCAAUAAUCAAUUUUCAACACUGUGUCACCAACAAGAAUUUCUACUCCUUCCUGCCGAUAAACUAGUGGAGAUUAUUAAGGACAGUGAUAUUAACGUCUCUGGGGAGGAGAUUGUAUAUGAGGCGUGUAUGGAAUGGUUAAAUCACGAUAUGGACUCACGCUAUAAACAUCUCGUAGACGUCAUCAAUUGUGUUCGAUUCGCGAAUAUCAGUUCCUACUAUUUCUGUGAUAGGAUCGAGAAAAAUACAAGUUUAAACGACUGUCCAGAAAUUCAGAAAACUUUAGGUGUUAUUCGAUAUUAUCACAUGUUAAGAAAUAGGCAGCAGGAAAUGGAUUUGAAUCUAAUGCCACGGAAAGGUAUGCUGUACGAACGUGGUGUAAUGAUUCUAGCCAAUCCCUACACAGAAGAUGCCUUGAAGAAAUACAACACGAUGGAGCUACUGUUACCUAAAACAGGGGAGGUAAUCACAAUCUGUCGUGUUGCUGUGACGGGUGAUAAUCAGAUUUAUCUGGGGGGUGGGGCAAUACGUAAAAUAAACUAUCGUGGUUUUAUAACAAUGGAAGGUGUCUGUAGUGGAUUUUAUUUAUUUGAUCAGCUAGAAGCUACGUGGACCUGUAAGACUAAAAUGAUGGUGUCCAGGUCUCAAUUUACGCUAACUGUUGUAGAUGGGUAUAUAUUUGCUGUUGGUGGCCAUGAUGAGAAUGAUAUACUAAACUCCGUGGAACGUUACGAUCCUCAUACUAAUACAUGGUGUAUGGUGGCGCCACUACCUCAACCGUUGAGAUUAAUGACAAGUGUUAGCUAUCGGGGGAAACUCUAUGUAUUCGGUGGUGAAACUAAUAGUGAUUUCAGUAAUAAUGCUUACAGGUAUGAUCCAGCCACAGAUAAAUGGACAACACUAGCCUCUAUGUCAACUCAGCGUGUACUAGCUGGUAGUGUCAUAUACAAUGAAAAAAUCUAUGUGAUAGGUGGGAAUUCAGCUAUCAGUGAUAAAUGGAAGAAGGAAUAUUUACCUGAACAUUGUGUCAGCUCGGUUGAAAUAUUUGAUCCUGUAACAGACACCUGGUCUCCUGGCCCAGAAUUACCCAACGCUUUAUGUGGGGCUGGUAAGUGGCUUAAUAUAUAUGUCUGUCUUAUCCUUUACACACUUUAG